AUGGCAGAAGCAGCUCAAGCACGUGUGCAAGAUGCAGUCACGAAAAUGAUCAACGACUUAGACAAGUCCAUACUCAGAAAAAUGCAGGGCAAUAUGCAUAUUUGUGCUGCCAAGUGCUGCACCAACACAGAGGCAAAUUUGGAAGAGGUGCAUGCAUGCAUUGAACAAUGUGCAAGACCUCUGACAGGUGCUCAGAAUUACGUUCAGUCUGAAAUGCAACAUUUUCAGGAUCGUUUGCAGAGGUGUGUGAUAACAUGUCAAGAUGGAAUAAAGGACAGAGUCUUACCUGAAACCACAGAAGCUCAGCCUCACGCUGAUGAGGGAGCCUCAGGAUCGUCCUCGUGCGUCCCAGUUGUCCGGUGGAGGACCACCGUCACCACAGUUCCUCUAAUAGUCCGCACGUUCCUGUGCGGCAGCUGCGUGAAGGCUCGACACGGCUUCACGCGUGCCGUGAGUGCGUCCACUCACUUUGGCUCUCAGCGACCCACUGCCGAGGGACUGCUCAGGGAAGGUGGGAUGUCCUGGCGUACGUAUGCGUAUGAGGGAGGAGGUUCUUCCCUCCAUAAUCAUUACGCCAUUCCCUGCGGGGCUCGAGGAGGACUCGACAGUGGAGAGACCAUUCCUGAUUGA